AUGUUGGACAUCAACUUGCUACUGAGGAUCAGACCAUCAGACCGCUCACUCGAUCUCCCAGACUGUUCGCGAGGAGAUGGGGAGCGGAGCGCUCCCGAGGAGCCGCCGGAAGAAGGCCCGCAGAGUCAGGAACGGAUUCGGAGGCUGACGGAGACGAUCUUGGCGGUCGACCGGCCGAGGAUGGUUUCCGGGACACUCGCCGAGGACGCUUCCUCGGGCAAGAUCCCUGAGUUCAAGUUCAUCCACCUCUUCCGAUCCUCCAGUCACUCCCCUCAUGACCGCCAGCACUGGUUUCAAUGGCUCGACCACAUCAACAACAUCGAUCAACAUCUGGAUAAGAUCACCCUCGAUUCCAUCCCUAAUGACCUCCUUCAGGCUGAGCAAUGGUCAAGUCAACGUAUCCUUCAAAAACCUGAACCCCUACCACUAAAUCGAGAUUCGAGCGGCUCGUUUCAUCCAACACAUUCGAAAAGCCCGUCCAGCGAUAAGACUCUCAAAUCUCCCAUCCAAGAACAUCAAACGCUGGAAAAGCGCGAUGAAAACCACCAGCAGAGUGCAGCAGAACAUCAACCUCAUGAAAUCCGAUUCGAUACGAUCAACGCCGGACUGGGCUUGACGGAAUGUAAUUUGAUGGAAUCUCAGCUAGGGGAAUCAUACGAAUUGGAUGAUAUUACAAGGUUCGUCAGGGCUGAGGAUCAGGAUUACCUAUCUCAAAUCUGA